CUCAGCAGCGAUGGAUCUGAAGGACAGACGGCGCUCUUUAACACGGGGUACAAGUGGAAAGGAGAUGCACUACGCCACAUCCUCUUUGGACAGCGAAAACUGCCACAUUGUGUCUCAGAAGUCAUAUAGUUCCAGCAAGACUCUGAAGGCCUACCAGCAGGACGGACGCUUGCGUUAUGGAGCAUGUGUGGCAGAGCUAGUGCACCAGGAGACGGAGGAGUAUGUCAGACAAGGGAGCUUUGCAUUGGCUGAUCUGGGCAUGUGUGAGCCUCCUCCGCCAUCCAGUGUUUACUGUUCAGAUAUAAGCCUGCUGCAGGACAGAUACUCUCUGAAUGCCGUGUCUGACGCUGAUUCAGACCCCGAGGGUGUGAUGACCCCAGAGCGAGCCGUCCAGCUGUGGAGCAGGCAACCACUAAAGUCACGCCGCAGCUCCUGCCUGUCCAGCCCAGACCACUCAGUCCUCACCCUCACCGACUCUGAAAAUGAACACAAGACUGAUGAAGAAUCAGGGCUGAGAGAGGGCAGGAUGGAGAAACAGAGACUAAACGGACUUUUCUCCAGGGAAGAGAUAUGCACACACAGACAAACAGAAGCCUGUGGAGAGGCCAUCCUGAGCGGGUCAGCUUCGCCCCCUGCGAGGCCCUGGCAUUGUGUGAGGCCAAAUGAAGCCUGCUGCAAUUUGACUGCAAUUAUUAUGGAAAUGGAGAAGCUUAUCUUAUACCUGAGCUCCCUGUCACUCGCCAGCCAUAGGCCAAGAGAGCCAGCAGUUCUGUUCGUUACACCCGGUUGGUCGUGGCCUGCUCUGGGUGGAUUGUCCUUGCCGCUCUGCCAUCCGGCUGUGGUCCGUUGCUCGCGUUUGAAGACCCGUGGAUGCAAGAUUGAGUCCAGUUCUCCUCAGGGUCUCUGA